AUGUCUCUUCAUUGCAUCCAAGGGGAAAGCCCACGGGAGAAUGAAGCCGCCACCAGGGACUUUUUGACUCUAGAAGAGGAAACGGUGACCUUCAGGGAUGUGGCUUUGGACUUCACCUGGGAGGAGUGGGGAUGCUUGAGUCUUGCUCAGAGGCAGCUCUACAGAGAUGUGAUGCUGGAGAACUACCGGAACCUGAUCUUUGUGACCUGUGAAAAGUCCUUUACCCAGUAUUCAUACCUUGUUAAUCAUGAAAGAAUGCAUAAUGGAGAGAGACUUUAUGAAUGUAAGGAAUGUGGGAAAGCCUUCAACUGGAAGUCAUACCUCAUUGGACACCAGAGGAUUCACACUGGAGAGAAGCCCUAUGAAUGUAAGGGAUGUGGAAAAGCUUUCAGCCAUAGCUCAGCCCUGAUAGCCCACCAGAGAGUUCACACUGAAGAGAAACCCUAUCGAUGUAAGGAAUGUGGGAAAGCCUUCAAAUGGAAGUCAGGCCUCAUUCAACAUCAGAGAAUUCAUACUGGAGAGAAACCUUAUCAAUGUAAGGACUGUGGGAAGGCUUUCAGCCAAAGUUCAGCCCUUAUUGCUCAUCAGAGCAUUCAUUCUGAAGAGAAACUAUAUAAAUGUAGGGAAUGUGGCAAAGCCUUCAACUGGAAGUCACCACUUAUUCAACAUCAGAGAAUUCACACUGGAGAAAAACCUUAUAAAUGUGGGGAAUGUGGGAAGGCCUUCAGCCAGAACUCAGCUCUUAUUGUGCAUAAGAGCAUGCAUACUGGAGAGAAACCUUAUCAGUGUAAGGAAUGUGGGAAGGCUUUCCACUGGAAUUCUUACCUUAUUCAGCACCAGAGAAUUCACACUGGAGAGAAACCUUAUGGGUGUAAGGAAUGUGGGAGAGCUUUUAGUCAAAGCUCAGCCCUAAGGGUACACCAGAGAAUUCACACUGGAGAGAAACCUUAUCAAUGUAAGGAAUGUGGGAAGGCCUUCAGUAGGAGUUCAGCUCUUAUUGAACAUCUCAAAGUUCAUACUGGAGAGAAACCUUAUAAAUGUAAGGAAUGUGGGAAGUCCUUUAAUAGGAAGUCACAUCUUAUUAGACAUCAGCAUUCUCACUGA